UCCAUGAGAUUUUGAAAUGCAUCAUUUGCGUAGUUCUUGGAGACUGCAUCACUGCUGAGCAGUUGCGCAACCACUCUGCACUUCCCAUUUGUUCUUUACCAUGCUGAGCACAAGAUGCAUGUGUGUCUGGUGUCCAAGUUCAGGAUGCCUAUAGAUUUAACUGACACAUCAGGGGUCCAAAUUUUUCUUCCAGAAGCAGGAAACAAGUUAAUCAGAAGAAUAAAAGGCUCUGCUGGAUGUUGCUUGGCAGGAAUCUUUUAUGGGGGGCUGCAGCAGUACUUGUCCAAAGAUUACUCUAGUCUCACCCUGUCUGACAAGCAGCACAACCACACUGGUUGAUCAGAAUGUCUUGGAUGAAGAGGCUCAGGGAAUAAAUGGAAACACGCCAGCUAAACACUCUACUGCAAGUCCAAAGCCACAAGUGCCUCCAAAGCCAUUACAUCUGCAGAAUUCACCUUCGUCCAAUAGACACCAAACCCCCAGGCAUAAAGCUUUACCUAGUGCAAAACCAAGGAUGGAGGAAGUUAAACCUGCCUCUGCUUCUUGUGUCUCAAAAGAAAAGCCCAGUAAGGUGUCAGAUCUCAUCAGUCGCUUUGAAGGAGGCAGCGCAUUAUCCAGUUACAGCGAUCUGAAGAAAGAUUCUGCUGUGAACUUGAAUGCCCCUAGAACCCCAGGAAGGCACGGACUGACAACCACACCUCAACAGAAGUUCUCCCAGCACACACCCCAGACACAGGGACAUGAGACAGACCAGACUCAGGGCAGACAGACUUGUGUGGCCAAUGGUAUAAUGGCAGCACAAAUCCAGGUGGAAUGUGAGGAGGACAAAGCGGCCACUCUCAGCCCAGAUACUCCUGUUCAAACUUCAGAACCCUUGCUUGAUACGCACUUAGUGAACGGAGAAAGAGAUGAAGCUUCCACAGGUCCUGCGUCGCCCACAACAAAUGACUGCGAUGGCAAUGCUUCUGAUGGAAGCUCCAGGACGCCAAGCAUAGGCCCGGUGCUCCCUCUUGAAGAGGGAGGGCCAGAAACAGAAGCCAAGGAGCAAGAGAGGGAAAACGGAGAAAGCCCUCUGGAACCGGGACAGCUGGACCAGCACCAAGAGAUGAAGGAGACAAAUGAGCAAAAACUUCACAAAAUAGCCAGUGAACUUUUGCUUACAGAAAGAGCUUAUGUCAACCGGCUGGACCUCUUAGAUCAGGUAUUUUACUGCAAGUUAUUGGAAGAAGCAAACCGAGGCUCAUUUCCAGCAGAGAUGGUGAAUAAGAUCUUUUCUAAUAUUUCGUCGAUCCAUGCCUUCCAUAGUAAAUUCCUGUUGCCAGAGCUGGAGAAACGAAUGCAAGAAUGGGAAACUACCCCCAGAAUUGGAGAUAUUCUUCAGAAACUGGCGCCAUUCCUGAAGAUGUACGGAGAAUAUGUGAAGGGAUUUGAUAACGCUAUGGAACUGGUUAAAAACAUGACAGAACGUACUCCCCAGUUCAAGUUAGUGGUUGAAGAAAUCCAGAGACAGAAGAUCUGUGGGAGCUUAACUUUGCAGCAUCACAUGCUAGAACCUGUGCAGCGGAUUCCCCGGUACGAGAUGCUCCUUAAGGACUACCUGAGGAAAUUGCCCCCCGACUCCCUGGACUGGAAUGAUGCUAGAAAAUCACUUGAAAUUAUAUCUACAGCAGCAAGCCAUUCUAAUAGUGCAAUAAGAAAAAUGGAGAAUCUAAAGAAACUCAUAGAGAUUUAUGAAAUGUUGGGAGAAGAGGAGGAUAUUGUAAAUCCUUCCAAUGAACUCAUCAAAGAAGGACAGAUCCUCAAACUAGCUGCUCGGAACACAUCAGCCCAAGAACGCUACCUUUUCUUAUUCAACAACAUGCUGCUGUACUGUGUACCCAGAUUCAGCUUGGUGGGCUCCAAAUUCACAGUUCGAACCAGGGUGGGCAUUGAUGGAAUGAAAAUCGUAGAGACUCACAAUGAAGAAUAUCCACAUACUUUCCAAGUGUCUGGGAAAGAGAGGACAUUGGAACUGCAGGCCAGUUCUGAGCAGGACAAAGAAGACUGGAUCAAGGCCCUUCAAGAAACUAUUGAUGCUUUUCAUCAGAGGCAUGAAACCUUCAGAAAUGCAAUUGCAAAGGAUAAUGACAGUCAGUCAGAGGUUUCUACCGCUGAGCUAGGGAAAAGAGCCCCGAGAUGGAUCCGAGAUAAUGAAGUAACGAUGUGUAUGAAAUGCAAAGAACCUUUCAAUGCACUGACAAGGAGAAGACACCAUUGUCGAGCAUGUGGACAUGUAGUUUGCUGGAAGUGUUCAGACUACAAAGCUCAACUUGAGUAUGAUGGUGGUAAACUGAGCAAAGUUUGUAAAGACUGUUAUCAAAUAAUAAGUGGAUUCACAGACAGUGAAGAAAAGAAAAAAAAAGGAAUUUUAGAGAUCGAAUCAGCUGAAGUAUCUGGGAACAGCGUGGUGUGCAGUUUUCUUCAGUACAUGGAGAAGUCGAAACCUUGGCAGAAAGCGUGGUGUGUGAUCCCCAAGCAAGACCCGCUUGUGCUGUACAUGUAUGGUGCUCCCCAGGACGUCAGAGCCCAGGCCACCAUUCCACUCUUGGGCUACGUGGUGGACGACAUGCCAAGGAGCGCAGACCUGCCACACAGCUUCAAACUGACCCAGUCCAAGUCUGUGCACAGCUUUGCUGCAGACAGCGAGGAACUGAAACAGAAGUGGCUGAAAAUCAUCCUUUUAGCUGUCACAGGUGAGACACAAGAUGGUCCAAAUGAGCACCCAGUCACCUUAGAUGACCACCCUGAACCUAAGAAAAAAUCGGAAUGCUGAACUCCAGGGCCAACUACAGCGUGGUCUCAAGACAUUCCCUGCCCUCCUUACCCAUCUCUUAGCACUUUAUGUUGAAAAAUAGAGGCUCAUAAAUGUGUCUUGUGGGGACUAUUUUCCUAUGUUUAUGUGCUCUUAGUGAGUUAACGUGCAGAGCCAUUCUACCGAUAGUUUUGAAAUAAUGUGAAAAAUGGAGCAUUUUUUUAAUGAGCUAUCCCUUGAUUAUGUAAUUUUUUCUUGAAGAAAAUGAUAUCAAUUGAUUCUAUCACUAUCAGGUUAGAAUAGGCACUUUGAUUUAAGAACUCCUUUAAUGUCUUCUCCUUCACACAUAGGACCUGUAACAGUUCGAUAUACCUCCAUUGUUGCCAAAAUAGAUCUGUGGUGAAAAAUACAGGGACAGUUUAGACUAUUAUAUUAACUUAUUUAAUUUAGUUUAUACAUCUCAAGCUGCAUAAAUGAUGGUGUUCUUUUAAAACAAAAGAAAAAGGACAAAUUGGUGUUCAGAUUUUCAACUUACUUAGAUAAUACUUUGUUUUUGUAGAAAUACUCCUAAGAAUACAGUAUCUUAAGUAUAUAGCAAUUAUGUAUAUAUAGUAAUAAAUAUAAAAAUACAUACACACUAUACAUGAUUUUUCUCCUCAGCUUUAGGUUCUCAUCUCUAAUUUAUUUUUAAAUAUGAAGCAUGUUUUAUCUUGGAGUUGAGCAGCGUUCUCAACCUAAUAAAUGUUUUGGUGAUUUAUGUUGAAUUGACCGGCACCUAAAGGUAUUGAUAUUUUUAUAAUAAAAAGAAGCGGUAAUUUAUGUGGCAUGGGAUAUAUUAGUGAAUUCCAACUGUAUCUUCAAAGUAUGAUUUUUUUGUUCUGUGCCUAUUUUAAACAGUGCCUCUCCUAGAAGGUGCUACUAAUACCUACUUAAAUAUGAGGGUUCAGUUACUGCUUUCUUCUUGGUUAUUUUGAGAUUAAAGUAUAUUUUAGUCACUGAGACAGUAAAAAAUCAUGCAGGUUACUGUAUAGUCCUUUAAUUAUAACAGUAGUUAACAUUGGCAUGUACCAAAAUUUUCACCAGAAGCUGAACCAUGUAAAGCAUCUGCCCUGACACGGAACUGAGAUGUGUGGAAACCACGUUUGUUGUAAUGUUUUCCUUUUCUGUAAGACUGUUAAGCAUGGUUAAGUGAGGACUGCAUGUAAUGAGCAUUCACAGCGACUGUGGGCCUAUUUCUUUGUCAGAUAUGAAACAAAAUUCACACGUGAUAACCUAUGUAUGGGGGUGGUAGAUAUUAAAGAAGUUUAUGCUCACUCACUGAAGAUGGGGAAAACAAUAUGGAAAUGAUUUAAUAGAGUCUGAGAAUCUUUCUUUUGAUCCUCUGAGGAAUUUUAAUAGACAAAUUAUGAUUCCUUGUCACAAAGGCUGCUCUUCAUUGUAUCAUACGUGUAAUUAAAAUGUCACAUUAAGUUGACUAUUUAACUUAAUCCUUUUCUCAAAUUAUAUCUUUUCUUUCUUUACACUGUUACAUCUCAAAAAAUUGUCACUUUAUAAAAUUUUUUUUUCUGGAGGGAGAGAAAGUAAGAAAGCAACCCCUAUGGGGGACAGUCAUGCUGCAAUUCCUUCUCCAUUUCUCCUUCCUUUUAAGAUUUUGGGCAUGCACACACACGCACCAGUGUGUUUUCCAAGCCAUUGGGUCCAGGACUUAAACCACACAGUGGUCCCUUAACUACUGCCACCAACUGGCUGAGUUACUUUUAAUGCAACAGUCUGCUAGAAAUCUACAAGAAUGACCCCACUAUCCUUAGUCUUUAAGGAUUAUACCUUAAAUGCAGAAUAGAUUUACUUAGAAUUCAAAACUGCCAGGCCGUUAUUCAGGCCCUGUUACUUUAAGAAACAUAUACAUUUCCACCACAAGGAAGUGAACUAAGUGUGGCUGACAUAAUUAGGUCCCCUUACUUGAUAAAAGGAAUACCAGCCAUGAGCAUUACCAUCACACCAAAUGCUUGGAGCUCAAAAGAGGUAACAGUAGCUCCUUAGGCCCUGUUAGAUCCAGGACAGACUAGAAGUUUUACGUUGCUUUAGUUGCCAGCAGUGAGAGG